GUCUGUCUCCACAAGUUGCGCUUGCGCCGUGUACGUGGAAGGCGGGAGGGGAAAGGCCGUUACGUUGUGGGCAACGGCCAGGGCAGUGAGGAGGCAAUCAGUGGCGGUGCCGGAGGCUUCCGUGUUGGCUCUCGGGUUGGUGCUAGCGGUAGGGGGAAGGGAAGGUUCUGUCAGGCUCCGGCGGUCGGUCAUUACGCGGGAGGAAGAGAAGGAAGGGAUGAACCCGUGAGGGGACGCGAGCCGAAGGGAGCGAGGGAAGGAGACCGGCCGUCGGCAGGCAAGAGGCGGAGGAGAAGGAGACGACCAGGAGGAGGAGGAGGAGGAGGCGGAGGCGCGGAGAAAUGUCUCAGCCGCCUCAGCAACAUCCGUCUCAGCAGGAGCAGCCGCCCGUGGCAGCCCCGGUCUCGAAGAAGAGGGACCGGCGUAUCUUCUCCGGGACUUGCCCGGAUCCCAAGUGCCAGGCGCGCUUGUUUUUUCCGGCGCACGGGCCUCUGAGCAGCGGGAGCAUCGAGUGCACGGACUGCGGGCAGCGCCAUGAGCAGCGGCAGUUGGUGGGGGUGGAGGAGGUGACGGACCCGGACCUGGUGCUGCACAACUUGCUGCGGAAUGCGUUGCUGGGGGUGAGCGGCGCUGGUCCCCCCCGGAAGAACACGGAACUGGUUAAAGUCAUGGGCCUGUCCAACUAUCAUUGCAAACUGCUCUCUCCUAUCCUGGCUCGUUAUGGCAUGGAUAAACAGACUGGCAAGGCCAAGCUCCUGACGGAGAUGAACCAGGGAGACGUCUUUGACUGCGCUCUUCUUGGGGACCGUGCCUUCCUGAUUGAGCCUGAGCAUGUUGACACGGUAGGUUAUGGCAAAGAUCGCUCCGGCAGCCUCCUUUAUUUGCAUGACACGUUGGAAGAUAUCAAGAAGGCCAACAGUAGCCAGGAGUGCCUCAUCCCGGUCCAUGUGGAUGGUGAUGGCCAUUGCUUAGUCCAUGCAAUCUCUCGGGCGCUGGUGGGCAGGGAGCUGUUCUGGCAUGCUUUGCGAGAGAACCUCAAGAAGCACUUUAUAGAGAAUCUCAGCCGCUACAAAGCUCUUUUUCAUGAUUUCAUUGAUGCCGCAGAAUGGGAAGAUAUAAUCAAUGAAUGUGAUCCUUUGUUCGUUCCUCCAGAGGGUGUACCAAUGGGCCUUCGAAACAUCCACAUAUUUGGACUGGCCAAUGUACUACACCGACCCAUUAUUCUCUUGGAUUCCCUGAGUGGAAUGCGUAGUUCAGGAGACUACUCCGCUACUUUCCUUCCUGGUUUGAUACCUGAAGAAAAAUGCAUGGGGAAAGAUGGCAUGUUGAACAAACCAAUCUGUAUUGCCUGGAGUAGUUCUGGACGUAAUCAUUAUAUUCCUUUGGUUGGAAUAAAAGGUGCUGCUUUGCCUAAAUUGCCUAUGAAAUUACUUCCCAAAGCUUGGGGAGUACCUCAGGACCUUAUUAAAAAAUACAUCAAGUUGGAAGAGGAUGGUGGAUGUGUGAUAGGAGGAGACAGAAGUUUGCAAGACAAAUACUUGAUGAGGUUAGUUGCUGCCAUGGAAGAAGUCUUCAUGGAGAAGCAUGGUAUUCAUCCGAGUUUAGUAGCUGAUGUACAUCAAUAUUUCUAUAGACGGACAGGUGUAAUAGGAGUUCAGCCUGAAGAUGUCACAGCAGCUGCUAAAAAGGCAGUGACGGACAGCCGCCUUCACAAGUGUCUCAUUUGUGGUGCCCUUUCAGAACUUCAUGUUCCUCCAGAGUGGCUUGCUCCAGGAGGGAAGCUGUACAACCUGGCAAAAACGACUCACGGCCAGUUGAGGCCUGACAAAAAUUAUAGCUUCCCUCUUAACAGCUUAGUAUGUUCCUAUAAUCCUGUGAAGGAUGUACUUGUACCAGACUACAGUUUGAGUAAUUUGACUGCCUGUAACUGGUGCCAUGGCUCAUUGGUGCGUCGUGUCAGAAGUGAUGGCUCUGUUGUGUAUUUGGAUGGUGAUAGAACAAACACUAGAUCUACAGGUGGCAAAUGUGGUUGUGGAUUCAAGCAUUUUUGGGAAGGUAAAGAAUACGACAAUCUCCCUGAAGCAUUCCCUAUUACUUUGGAGUGGGGUGGCAGAGUUGUGAGGGAGACAGUAUACUGGUUCCAGUAUGAAAGUGAUCCACCCCUAAACAGCAAUGUGUAUGACGUUGCAAUGAAACUUGUGACUAAGCAUUUCCCUGGAGAAUUUGGCAGUGAGAUUCUUGUCCAAAAAGUUGUCAACACAAUUCUGCAUCAGACAGCCAAAAAGAACCCUGAUGAUUAUACACCCGUAAACAUUGAUGGAGCUCAUGCCCGAAGAGCUGAUGAUGUGCAACAAGAACAAGUCAUGGAGUCUCAGCUUCCAACCAAAAUUAUUCUUACUGGGCAGAAAACAAAAACAUUGCACAAAGAAGAGCUAACUAUGAGUAAAACUGAAAGAGCCAUUCAGCAAAACAUUGCAGAACAGGCACCUGUUAUGCAAAAACGAAAAACUGAAAAAUUGAAACAAGUACAAAAGGCACCAACUAGAACUUCAUCUCCAGGUGCUAUUCCUGAAGGGUCAUCCUCUGCUCCUGCCACCCCCACCAAGACACCAUAUUCGCCAACAUCUACAAAGGAAAAGAAAAUACGCAUAACAACUAAUGAUGGGCGGCAGGCCAUGCUCAAUUUGAAGUCCACAACUACAUUUCUAGAAUUGCAAGAAAGCAUUGUAAGAGAAUUUAAUAUUCCUCCACAUUUGCAGUGCAUUCGUGUUGGCUUUCCUCCCAAAGAGCUUUUGCCACCCAAAGAAGGACAGGAAAAUGAACCUGUCCCUCUGUUGCAUGGAGACAGAAUAACCGUUGAGAUCCUCAAAGGAAAGGAGGAUAGCAGCCAGACUACUUCAGUGCACUCAACCCAUGCUGUGAAACAUGAUGAUGCUGCAGUUACUAGUAAAAUCUCUUCCAAGGAACUCCAAGAGCAAAUUGACAAGGAAAUGUACUCCUUGUGCCUUCUAGCAACGUUUAUGGGAGAAGAUGUUUGGUCUUAUGCAAAGGGGCUUCCUCACUUGUUUCAGCAGGGUGGUGUGUUCUACAAUAUAAUGAAGAAAACAAUGGGCCUGGCUGAUGGUAACCACUGUACUUUUCCACACUUGCCUGGUAAGACUUUUGUAUACAAUGCAGCAGAAGAUAGAUUAGAACUCUGUGUGGAUGCUGCUGGUCAUUUCCCAGUGGGUUCUGAUGUUGAAGACUUGGUUAAGGAAGCCCUAACUCAAGUGCGUUCUGAGGCUUCUUCAAGAAGCAGGGAAGCAAGUCCUUCACAUGGAGUCCUAAAGUUAGGUAGUGGUGGAGUUGUUAAAAAGAAGUCGGAGCAACUUCAUAAUGUAACUGCAUUUCAAGGAAAAGGCCAUUCUCUGGGAACUGCAGCUGGAAGUCAGCAGCUUCAUCAAAGAGCUAGAGAAUCUCUGCUUGCUAGAAAGCAAAGCACAGGCACGGAUUUCAGUCUCAGUUCUGCCAAAUCUGAGCCUUCUGCAUACACAGGCGAUUCUGGAAACAGUGAGCUUAUACGGAUAGCUCCUGGAGUCGGAACAAUGAGAGACAGCAGGCAGCUUGAUCCUAAUUUGAUUGAGGCUCAGCGAAAAAAAUUGCAGGAAAUGGUUUCUUCAAUUCAGGCUUCAAUGGACAGACACUUGCGGGAUCAGAAUACAGAGCAAGUGGCAACAAAUGAUUUCUCUCAAAGGAAAUUGGAGGCAGCAAGUUCAUCUGUUAAAACAAGAAGCCCUCAGACUGCUUUGUCUGAAUCAUUUACCUUAUCAAGUGGCAGUGGACAUUUGAAUACAGAAACAACUGAUGGUAAUGUGCCCAAUGCAGUGGGAACAACCUUCCCCACAAGAUCAAAAGCGCAAAAAGGAAAUUCUGUUGAAGAACCUGAAGAGAUGGACAGUCAAGAUGCAGAAAUCACUAAUACAGCUGAGCCAAUGGAUCAUUCUUGAAGAGUUAACAGCUGAUAAAGAUAGAUUACUGUGCAAAUGUAAUGUUUGUUGGCUGGGCCACAUAAAUUUAGUCAUUGAAUCUUGUAUGUUUCAAAGAUUAUAUCUUACUCAUUGCAUGAUAGCAGAUAUGUGAUAGACAAUAGCUUUUAAUAUGCCAUUCUGCUGCCCAGGCUAGCUCUCAGUUACUGUAAAUUAGUUAUUAGGAUAUGCACUGAGAUGAAUAUCUGCUGUAGAUGUGGGAUAUCAAUUUUUUUGUCAUUUUAAUUCCAUUAAUGUCUUAUCCUCCAGUCCAUGUAAAAUCAUAAAUUUAUUUUAGUAUUGAUAAGUCAAAAUAAACCUGACAAAUAUAAUGUGUUUUCUCAGAUAUUGGUCCGUUCGAAAUUACAGCAUAAAAAGACCUUUCCUUAUAUCUGAAUAUUUCUGUUUAUUUAGGUUCAUCAAGUUUCUUAAAAUGCCCAGAUAUAUUUAUUGAGCUCUUACUAAAGUAAAUUUAAGAAAUGAUAGGCAAAAGCACCAGAUUGUAUGAAACGAUGUUUAAACAGGGAAGGUGUAGUUAUACAUGGCAGUCUGAGCCAGCAUAGCUUUUUUCAUUGCUUUGCUGGCAAAUGAUUCCAUGAUUUAGCUUUCAGCUGGUAAGGUACCAUGGUGUGCUUUUAUAUUGAAAGAUGACAGUAAGCAAGUAUUUUAAGAACUAUAGUAGACUAAUAAGAAAUUUAUUUGUACAGGAAAUUUUUGAAAGUAGCCAUUGGUUACCUGUGCUGUUUAUCAACAUUUUCUAAGCAUGUUGGAUUCAUGGGAUUUAACAGAAAUUUCAUCAGAGGUGUUUUCACUUACAUUGUAAAAUGUCCUUUUUACUUUCCCUGGGAAUGGGAAGUAUUUUGUCAUUUUACUUCAGUGCACCACAUCGAUUAAACUGUCAUCCACUUAAACAGCAUAUUCAUCAGAUCUACAGUGCUGAUGUUUAUGAAGCAGCCUUUGUGUCUGCUCCAUAAAGAUAGAAUGUUUAUCUUGAAACUAAUGUUGCACUUUUGCCUCUUUGCAAAUUUCUGUUUCAUGUGCAUUAAUGCUGAUUCAUCAGAUGAAAAUAAACUUUGAAAGAGUGGACAGCUUAAGGGACAGAAGGAUAUUGAAAUUUCAAGUGUUUAGUUAUUGAAGCCAGUGAUUGUGCACUGGUCCACAGAUAUAAAGUUCGUAUGAUAAAUGUUUCUUUUCUGAAAAUAUGCUCACAAUUUCUGCAGUUAUAAUCACAAAAGAAACAAUGCUGUGAUUAAAUAUCCCAUGUAAUUGAAAGUUUAUUUUUAUAUGGGACAUUAACUGAAGGUACAGCUGCUUCAGUUCAUUCAAGUAUAUUAAUCUAUUCAAACACUGUUUUCUUUUCUCAUACAGGAAACACCUUUUAUCACCUAGUGCACUGCCUAUAUAUAAAGUACAUAGAUCACAUUCUCAUGAAUAAAUUAUUUUAAAUAUAUAAUUUUACUAUUAUUGCUGCUUACUUUGUUCAAGAAAGUGUAUCAUAGAGAUAUGGAGUUAAGUCUGAUGCACAUCCCCUUGAGAAGAAGAUUUCUGAUGCUACAUCUAGAAAACCACUAUAACGACGAACAAACGCACAAACAUGUCUGUGGCCAUUAUCCAGGGGAACAAUUUAUGCAUUCAUAAGAGGAUGUGCACGGUGGGAGAGCUUUAUGGCACAGCAAUAGUCCAUGUCCUCCUUUGAACAGUAGCUUGUAAUACAGUAUGAGACAGCUGAUAUGACAAACAGGAAAGCUGCUGUCCUAUCUCUGAUUAAGGGGCAUCUGCACCGAGUAUUUGUCUUUUCGAAAACAGGAUCAACAGGUGUGGCUUCCAAGAAAUAACACUUGGAACUAUAGUACUCUUAGUGCAAAAAAAAAGUUGAUUCAGAAUGUAUAGUACAUUCACAAAAUUGUGAUUCCUAUUUCCUAGGUGAGGACCAUCACAAUUUAGAAUUAUUAUUAUAGUCUGUUAAUCUUAUUAAAUAUGUUGACAUAACUUUCAGUGGCAAAUUGCUGCAAGUUGACAAGCCAAUGUGGAUAUUUACUAUCUCAUGUGCCUGGUGUAUGAUACCAAACCCCUGCACCAACUUCUUAACUUGUGGCAAUUUGCCACUGAAAUUUAUGCCAGUGGAGUUGCACUGAUGGGUGCAACUGACAGGAUUCUCUCCAUAGUGUUGAUAAAUAGCCUGACAAUUUGGUGACUUCUGUAAUGCAGAAAUAGCAUGAUGGUUCUCACCAGCACUUGCAUAAAAUUUAUGUUUAAUAAGCAAGAGCCGUGUAGCUAGUAAGGCAUGGGUGACAUUAUGAUUUCAUCUGUUUACAGUAAGAUAGCUCUUGAAUAUGAGUUAAGAUUUUUUUAUAGUAACUCUUUUCUUUGAAUAAUGGUAUUAUGACAUUUUUCUCUUAACCAAAAAAUAACACUUCUGGUUGUUCACUUUUGCAUUUUCUCUUUUGUCUGAGAUAUUAAAAGAUUGUUUGUAGUGCUCAGUUUUAAAAUGAAAAUAUUCAAAGCUUAAGAAGUAUCUGAAAAACACUGCUGUGUCUCUAAAUGUUGGGGGGGGUAAUUAAAUCUAAAUUCUUAAUGUUAGAUGUGCACUCAAUACAUAGGCUGAUCUGCAUAAAAGAUGAUGGGACUUAUGAACACAAAAGAAAUGUAGAUGCCUCAUUGCCUUUGAUGGCACCUAACUACAACUCACUUUUUGGAUUUCACUGUGAGGUUAAGCAUAUGUUCCUGGCUUCAGGUUUUAGCUUUAAUGGGUGAGUGUCAAAUAUUAACUGCAUUUGUGGAAGAUGAGAAUAGUUCUGGUGAGAAUAUUAAGGACAGCUAGAAUAAGCUUCAAAAUUUGCAAAGUUGUCUGUAUUAACUUGUCAACAGGUUUUCUAGGGUGCACGUAUAUGUCCAGUUUGGCAGCAGAAAUACCACUGUUUUAACAAAUCAAAGACUAACCUUCCUGAUUAAACAAGCUUGUUUUUUUUCUUUAGCAGAAAAGCAGUUUCAUACAUACACAAUAAUCUGAGCAGAAAAUUGGACAACAGUAGUAGCAUAAUGGUAUUCAAUACCUUGGUUUACUAAGGAAAGGAGUAGAUCCUAUACAAUCAGAAGCAACAAACAAAAAAUGAAGUACAUUUGAAAAAAUUCUGAAAUUUAAGUUUGUUGGUGUUUUUUCAUUUCAGAUUUAAACAUAUUUUAGGGUAUAUACCUUUAACCCAUGACUAUACUAUAUUUUUGGGGGAAUUUAAUGGUAGAAAGUCAGUGUCAUUUAAAAUACCAAAUGCUAAAAUUGUUCCACAAUUGCAAAAUGGCUUGUUCAGUUAAUUUAACUUUGGUAGGUGUGUCGCUUGUUAGCUACACAGAAAGAGCAUAAAAGUAAAAAAGGUCUUGAUUUUUUUAAAAGAGAGGAUGAUUAUUUGACUAUAUAUUGUGUUUCCUUUUUGUAGCUGUAAGAUUAUUAUAUACUUUAAAUUGAACAUUACAUAUGGGGAUAUUGGUUAGGAUUUGCUGUGAUGAUCUAGAUGUGGCUUCUAAUUUCCAUUUUAGUAAUUAUCACAGAAGAGCACUGUUCUGAUCGUAUACUAACAAUGCUUCAGAAAGGGUAUAUUUUGCAAGACUACAAUGACUGACUUUUUUUCUUGAGAUAUGACAGUCUAGUGGAGAACUUUAAUAACCACUCCUCCAUUAGUGCAUUCAACCCAGCUGUAUUUUGUUUGUCCAAGUUUAUGAGAGUCCUAAAUCUUACUCAUUCUAGUGGAACUCAGUUAAAUGUAUGCUCAGGAUCUGCAAAUUUAUGCUAUCUGCCCUUGGUCAUUUUGGCGUCUUGGUUGGCAUUCAGAAUUUGGCAUUCUCAGGACAAAUAUUAACAUUAUGCUCCAGCAAAAGGCUUUUCAUAUAUCAUACAUUUUAAAAUGUUCCUUUUAAGAUUAUUUAAAGUAGCAUUCUUGCUUUGCCACUCUGAUUGUAGUAAAGUUAAGAGACUGAAUGGCGAUUGCUAUUUUUUAGAUUUUAUUUUACUGCGAAUUAUUACCAGGAAGAGAAAUAGUGCACUUUUGCAAGCAAUUGGUUUAAAAAUUGUAUAAAUAAGCAUUAGUAUUGUAUAUAUUUAGGAAAUCUUUUAAAACAGCAAGUGCUUUACAUAUGAGUUAAAUUAGAAUAACAAUUAUACCAUGUUCACAAUGCUGGCUGUUCAGCACAUUUGGAUUUUUUUUUUUGGUGAUUGCUGUACUAACUCGUUUUUUAUUUGUAAUGUAACAAUAGUGUAUUAUAACUGUGUACUAUAUUACACUUUACUGUACAGUAUUUGGAAUUCUCUUUGAUUGCAAUAUUAAAAAUACA